AUGUCGUCGUAUAUUCCACUUGGCACCAGACACUGCAGCCAUCUCCGGUUUGUGCUCCCCAACGGGAUCAAUGUCCUGUUGAUUUCCGACCCAACCCAGGAGACCGCCGCGUGCGGUCUUUCCGUGGCCGUUGGCCAUCACUCGAACCGCGAAGACACUGUCGGCUUGGCCCACUUUUGCGAACACAUGGUUUGCGUGAGCUCUAAGGAAUUCCCAGAGACAGACUUGUGCAAGAAGCUUGUAUAUUGCAGUGGUGGCAGAUGGAACGCUGCGACGGUGGGAGAGAAAACGUCGUUUUUUUUCGAGGUGCCAGCUUUCAACAGCGACGGAACGCCGGAUCUUGCUGUUUAUGAGGAGAUUGUGGGUGUUUUCUCGUCUUGCUUUAGAAAUCCGACAUUCAACAAAGACUACGCAAGACGGGAGGUUAUGGCCAUCGACAGCGAGCACACAAAAAAUUGCUCUGUGGUCGGGAAGAUGGCCCACCAUGGUCUGCGGCUGCUGGCCAGCCCGGAACAUCCGUUUCAUCGUUUCAGCACAGGCAACUUCGACACUCUUUUCCGGGGCAGGAAGACCAAUUUGCACGACGAGCUUGUCCAGUUUUACGAGCAGAAUUACCAGGCCUGGAAAUCGGGUCUGGUUCUCACGGGCCCCCAGUCGCUCAAUGCGCUCAAGAAGCUGGCAAUUGCAAACUUUUCGGAAUGCAUGACAUCCCAAAGGACAGAAACGAGCAAUGUCCUUGAAACAUGCUGGGCUCCCGUCUACCGGUCGCCAGUUUUCACAGAUUUGGGGAAGUUUGUUCUGAUCGAGAGCGCCAACACUACCCCUACUCUGAGGAUAUGCUUCCCUUUUAAAACCGAUAGCAAGGACUCGCUUGUUUUCGCCCACGUGUGGAGCUACGUGAUGGGCAGCGAAAACGAGGUGUCUUUCAAUUCAGAGCUUUUCAAAGCAGGUCUUAUCAAAGGCUCAUACUCCUCGUGUCCGCUCAUCACAUUCAAGGACCGACUUCUACAGCUAGAACUGAACCUGACCAUGGCCGGCACAAGAGACUACGAGAAAAUAUUUGAUUAUCUCAUUCGGUACACCCAAGAGGUGUUUUCUCCCGAUCCAAAGCGCGUCAAGAGAGCAGCCAAGCUGAUGUCGCAGUUCAACUCCAUUGAACUGUACAACUUUCUGCACCGCGACACGGAACUGUCUGCAUCCUCACAAUGCCGGACCCUCAGCCAGAGGCUGCUGGAAGACCAGCAGAUAUAUUCCGACUGGCUAUUCAAAAAUGCUCCUUGCUGGUCUUCUAGCGACUCUGGUUAUGACGGGUCGUAUGAGGAGUCUAUGGAGGCACAGACAUGGUGGAAGAUGAAAUCAGAGCAAUUUUGCGCUCAAAUGCGCUCGACAGUGUGCAAAGAAAAUAUCUUGGCUACACUGGUGGCUCCUGGCGACGUUCUUGCACACUUUGGGAGGCAAAAGUACGACGUCGACCCAUACUAUGGCUUCAGUUACAAAAUCUUGCCCAUAACGUAUUGUCAAUCGGAGUUUCAGGUGAAGCUGCCACGGCCAAAUCAGUUUGUGGUUGGCCAGAUUGAUAAUCAGACUGGUUUGUAUGAGCUCUUGCAGUCUACUUUGGAAUCGAGUCGCAAUUUUGUCUAUGCGGGAAAGGAGGAAACAAGGCCUCCGGAGCUGGUCCACUCGUCCAAAGAGAUCCAGCUUUGGCUCAAACAAGACUGUGACAGGUACCGUGGAAAAGCCUACCUCAGUUUUGAAAUCACCAGCGCCUCUAUUGAACCGAGUGUGCAGUCAACUUUAUCCCUAGAGAUUUUCAGUGACAUAGUCAAGGAGCUGCUCCGUGAAACGCUCUAUCCCGCUCUGGAGCUGUGGUACGCCUACGAUCUGCUGCACUCAAUGAAGGGGACUUGCAGUUUGGUGAUCCAUGUCUCGGGCUCCACAGUGGGGAUCUACAAUAUACUGGAAAUAAUCACGAAUAAGCUGCGCGAGUUGAGUGACAAUUUUCUGGCGCUAGUGACGCCUGCCAUGUUCCGCCAGUCCCGCAUCAGGAUCAAGAUGAAGUAUGAGAACCUGCGCACACUGCGAUCUCACGAGCUGGCAUCACUGGGGCUUCUUUCUGUUCUCGAGCCGGGAACGUGGCCUUUGGAAGACCGACUCGAAAUUCUUGAGGAGCUGGACAUUGAAACGGUAGCCACGACGGCCAAGACCACGCUCGAAAGCUGCCAGUUGACAGCACUGCUCCACGGUGACGUUUCAAUGUCAAAUUACCAGCGCACGGUAGACACUCUGAGAACGCUAGUCGCGGAGUUCGCCUCGCCUCGGUACAAACAGCUCCAGACGCUGUCGCUGCCACACGGCUGCAACUACCGAAUCCAUGGUUUUUCGCCGGACGAAACCAACGCUUUGGUGUAUUAUAUUCAGCUUGGAGCACGCAGAAACAUGAGAGACAGAUCCCUAGCGAGAUUUGUGGCGUACAUCCUGUCGACGUUCCUCACGGCAAAAAUCAGAACUCAGUACCAGCUGGGAUACGCUGUUUUUGCUGGGCUUCGGACGCUUAAAGACACCGUGGGAGUUCAUGUGACAAUCAUGAGCGGUGAUCACGAACCAUUGGACCUGGACGCAAAAAUCGACGACAUUGUGACCGAGUGGAUAAGGGAAUUUGAAAAGAGUGGCAGCAGAUAUGCAGAAAUCUUCAAGCAGUUUAUAAAGUCUUUAAACCAGCCAGUGAACGAAAAUUCAAGUCUAACUUUCGGAGUCGUGGGCAAAAGUCUGGGCGACGGGAAGUUGAUCAAGGAGCACCAGAAUUUCUGGAACCAGAUAAUCAACCAGUCGCUGAGUUUUUCAGCCUCUGGCGAGGACAAGAUCGAUGUCGCUGUGAUUGAGAGCUUGCCAUUUUCUAUCCUCAUCAAGUACCUCAAGACGAAGUUGGUUUCAGAGGAACGCUCGAAGCUUUGUGUUAUGCUUUCAACCAAGCUUUCCCAUGAAGAAGUGGCGACAAAGCUUCGGCCCAUACGGCUGCAAACUUUUCUCACAGCAGCAGGUCUGCCCAUCAAGCGGGAAAAGCUCGAACAACUUUUGGACCAAGCAGGCGAUUCACAAGCGCAGCUUGCAAAAUCAUUAUUCAAGCACUACCAAGAGGAAGGAGGCUCGCUACGGCUUAUUUCCAGUACGGUGAUGAAGCUCACCAGAGACGUGUUUGCGAGAUCUAAAAAGACGGACUUUCCAAGGACGUCUUCGACCGAGAUUAUCAACUUGCACUCGUGGAAAAGCCACAUGCAGGAGGAAAUUGCACAGAACUAG